AUGGGAUUCAAUCCUUCAACCAGUGCGUUUGUCCAUGCACUUGUAGCAGUUAUGGCCAUGACAGACAAUUCCUGGGAACAAAAACUGAAGGUUUAUAGGAGUUGGGGUUGGUCUGAAAAUGACUUCUGGUUAACUUUUAGAGGCUAUCCCAGAUGUAUGAUUCUGUCUAUGGAGAAUAUAAAUACCAAAAUGGACUUUUUUCUGAACAAGAUGGGUUGGCAACCUUCAGCGGUUGCUAGAACCUCUGUGGCUUUAACUCUUCGUUUGGAGAAGAGAAUCAUCCCUAGAUGCAGAGUUCUCAGGGUUUUGUUGUUGAACGACUUGAUUAAGAAAAAAAUCGGUUUGUCUUAUGUGCUGAAUUCCUCUGAAAAGCUCUUCGCAGACAAUUUCUUGUUCAAGUAUCAGGAACAGCUUCCACAACUAUUUGAUAUAUAUCAAGGGAAAGUUGAUCUUUCAGAACUGGGCAUUGGAUUUUAG